AUGUCCGUGGAGCGGCAGCUGGAGGGAUGGGAGGAGAUGCAGCGCCAAGGACAGGACUUGGCAGAUCGGCUGGCGCAAGGCUUCAGUGGCCUGCUCCAGUCGCACAUCACCCCUCCACCCUUCUCUUGGCCUGCACAGCAGAAACUGAAGAAUCCGUUUGAUCAUGAGGUCCUUAUCCCCACCAAUUGGAAUCUCGCGCUGCCUUUGGCUGUCGACCACUCCGCCAGCAACGGUGGAGUGUCCGCCAUCUUUGACAUAGGGAACAAGCUGGGCCAGGCAGGAGCGGAGCUCGGAGCCUGCAUCAAUGGAGUGGUUCAACAAUUCUUCCGGCAUCUGCCGAUGCCGUUUCGGCAGGACGACGAUGGGAAGCCUGCUGCUUUAAUCACGGCAGACCUGGAGGGCAGAAGAGUAGGCAACACAAUGGUGGAGAGGUGUAGAGGGGAGCUUGGUCAAGUAGAGGGAAUGUUUGGAAACUCUGGGUCCCUGGGUUCUGUGGUUGGUUUGGAUGAAUUUGGGGAGGAAGAUGGAUUCGACUUCGAUCUGAAAUCUUCCGCUCAUUUUGCCAGGCCGCAAGUAAGUUUUAGUCUUGAAAUUCAUACUUGGCCAAUGAAUACCCUAGUUGAUCAUCUCUGUGUCAUCAAGUAUUCUUCAUCCACAGAAGAACCCACCAUGAUUGAUGUUUAGGUUGUUGCAUCAGUCCGAAUAAGAUCGUUGUAGAGAAUUGUAACCACCUGAAAUGCCUGGUAUCAUGCUGAAAUUAUACAUAUCUUUGAACAAUAGGUAUCGUUUGUUCUCUACAUUUAUCAGAAAAGAUAUAUUCAAGAUUUUUUUUUAGAAUUUUGCAGAAACAACGUCUGUAAGACUUUAAUGUGAUCCUAAGGAUCCCAUGAGAGGUCAAUCAUUGCUUGUUUUACAUGAAACUUUAAUUUUUAUUCAACAAAGAUCGUCGAUUUAAUGAACCUUUUCUAGAAGUUGUGUAUAAGUCAUAUCCUGAUUGCAUCUUCAACCUUGGUUUUGGCAAUAUUGAUCAAAACCCUAAGUGUCAGGUUAUCUACUGAAGAGAGCUGAACCUCUGGAGUGUGUUUUUGAUUGCUUUUUAGGGCUCCAAAAGAGAGCCAUCUACCACAUUUCUUUGAUUUAUUCAUGCUUCUGCUUUUCUGUGUAUGGUAAUUUUUUAAAAUUAUCUUGGAGAAAGAUUGAUAGAAUUCUAGUUAUAAUUUGAUUUUACAGCAUUAAGAACUAAUGUUAGGCCGGUUUCUCGUCAAUAUAUUAGAUAUGUUGAUUAAAUUCUACCUUUUGCUUACCUUGGGGGUUGUUGUUUAUGGAAGCAUUAUUCCAUUAUUAAGAUGAUAUUUUUCAUAAUUUGCCGACAGCACCAAGGGGAUUUCUUCAUAUUAGAGACAAGAAAUUUCGAAAAUGGCUUAUAUUUUUGGUCGUUAGCUCGCCCUCUUUUUGUUGUACCUGAAUCUACACAGAAAAUCUUUCGGCUUGUAGAAUAUGCUAUCCAGUUGAGUCGAUUUUGAACGUAUGUUGAGUCAUUUAACUUCUAUCAAUUUACUAGCUUGGUUCAUAUUGAAGAGCUCUUUUUUUUUUUUGGUUGAGGGAUAUUAUUUGGUGAUAUUCCAUCUAUGAGAUAAGAUGGGGCACGUCUGCAUAAGAUACUCCCCAUAAACCAUGUGGACUUACAGAUAAGUUACAUUGGAAAAGUAUGAGCCUGUAAAUAAUACAAGUAUAUGUUUUUUGUGUAAAACCUUGAAUUAUCUAAGCUCUAGUGAUAUUAGCUUUGUAACCUCGUUAUUUAUUUCUGUAUUAUCUUUUUCAGGGGAGCAUGAAUUUUACGUCAACAUAUGACAGCAGAACACGUGAUAUUGAAAGUUCUUUAGUUGCCCGAGGAGACCUGUGGAGAGCAGAAGCUUCUCAUGGGGGCUCUAAUCGUGGAAAUGAGAAUUCCCCUCUCUUUCUCAUUCAGCUCGGACCAGUCUUAUUCGUCCGGGAUACAACACUUCUCUUGCCUGUUCACUUAUCAAAGCAGCAUUUGCUUUGGUAUGGAUAUGAUCGAAAGGUAAUUUAUUUCCUUCUCUGGGAAUGAUUCUUUUUGUGAACCCUACCUUCUUCUUUUUUUAUUUUCUUGAAUUUAAUUUCUUUGUGGUGGCAAUGCUCCACUUUUUUGCAUUGAUAACUUUCAAUUUCCUUUUCCCCUCGUUUUUGUUUUUUAAUGUUUUGGACCCUGGUGUUUUUCUACUAGUUUUGGUGACUUUACAUCAUUUGUAUACUUAGUUGUGUCUUUGUAUCCCAUUCAAUUUAAACUUUACAUUUGUCAACUUCUUAUAUAUGUUCUUCUGAUCAUGCAUUAUGCUGUGCCGUGUGCUAGAAGAACAUUUCAGCAUUUGGGCUUUCUUUUCUUUGUGCUUGUGUGUUGUAAGGCUAGUGCUAUACGACCGGUUUACUUUUGACUGAAAAACAAAAGAACUGCAGUAGUGUCUCAAAGACCCUGCCAUAUUGCUAGGUGAAAAGACAAAGGGAAUUAACUUUCUACAUUUGGUCCCCUCCCAGAUGACUUGAAAGUUUUGAAUAUUUGUGAGAUUGUGGAAGAAAUCAUGUUGUUAUGAAUAGAAAUGCGUGCUGCAUUCAUACCCAGUUGAAUAUCUGGAGAGGUUCAUUGUUUCUAUGGAUUAAUGAAGUGAUUGCCACCAAUAUGUGAGUCACAUUUGAUAAGUGUACGUGUAGAGGGCAUCUGUAUUAUGUGUCCAUGUGGAAUGCAUUUUUUUAUCUUUUGCAUCGUCGCAGUUGCAUUGUACAGCCACUAGGGGGUCGGUGUAUCAGGCCAUGGGAGCUGAUAAGUGACAUGAGUCAUCGCCUAUCCUAUUAUCAUAGCUCUUCUCCUAUCUGUCUUCUUUCCAGGCAUAUGCAUAUGCUCGUUUACUCGUCUUUGAGCCUGCAACUGGGUAAUUGGCUUACCCUUCACAUUACUGAUAGUGAUUUGUUUUUCUUCUUCAUUCAGAAUGGAAUGCAUUCUCUUUGUCCUGCUAUAUGGUCAAAGCAUAGAAGAUGGCUGUUGAUGUCAAUGAUAUGUCUCAAUCCAUUGGCGUGUGUAAGUGCCUAUUCCAUUCCCCUUGUUAAACUCAUAUUCUUUUAUUCCUAUAUUAAUUUAGAUGGAAUGAAUUCUAAUGUCUUGAUAUGGCCUCACUUUGACUUUGAUUUCAUCCUUGUUACAGUCAUUCAUGGAUUUGCAGUUCCCAAAUGGGCAGCUUACUUAUGUGGCUGGUGAGGGCUUGAACACCAGUGCUUUCUUUCCUUUAUUUGGUGGAUUGCUCCAGGUUCAAGGUCAAUAUCCUGGUGAAACAAAAUUUAGCUUCUCUUGCAAGGUUGGUUCUUUAUUCGUGAAAUAAUCUGUCAUUAACCUCACUCUUGACGUUUCAAUUAUAGAUGCCAUAUAAUAUAUUCCUUGUUUUGUUGUUCCUUUUAAAUCUUAUAUAGGUAUGUGCGUGUUCAUUAUUGUCUACGGAUUUUUAAAUUUUGCAUUAUUUACUAACCAAUGAAAAUGAAUAACAUGUGCCUUUUCCUAGGACCCUAUCCAUUCUCUGAAUCUGCACCUUUUCCUCUAUCUGCUUGGGUUCUAUCAUCUUGAUUUAACUUAAAGUUUAUAUAUAUAGGUGAUAUUUAAUAAUUAAGAUGAUUCGUCUUAUUUAAUAGAUUAUGGAAUCCAAAAAGUGUAUGGGUUAAUGUUUCUUUCAUCCCUGCCCUUUCCAUUGGGAUUUAGGUCGUCUUUAUUGUAAACAAAAUCAUUAUUAUUGUCAGUCAUGCUGAUGAUAUGCCACCAGAACUUAAAUAAUCCUCUGAGUUGUCUGCAUCUUGACCACUCUGUGUUGUGUUUUGGGCAGAAUAAGUGGGGAACUCGUAUUUCACCCAUGAUGCAGUGGCCUGAUAAAUCUUUUUCUCUUGGGGUUAUGCAACCUUUAGCAUGGAAGAGAUGUGGUCUGAUGGUGCGCCCGAGUAUUCAGUUCAGGUGUGGGCCUAUAUAACCUUUUCACGUACAACAUUUUCCAAUCGUGUCGAUUUUACUUGCCAAUUUUACUUAUUUAUGCAGUCGCCUCAAUCACCUUAUAAAAUACGUGUCGCCUACAGCUCUGAGGCGGCAGUUGAUUCAGAUCCAUGCAUAAUUUAACUAUUUUUUCUACUUUCCAAAAUAUGGAAACUGGGAUUUUUUCUGUUUUCACUAAUGUAAAUGUGUUUAAUGAGUCAUUCCGGAGUGUUAGCAUGGCUGUGAGACUGACGAAAGGUAGUUUGGGGUGGGGUGAGUGGUUGGUUCAAAGGUUGUCGGUCAUUUGUAAACUAUAUUUGGCAAGAGGAGAUGGCUAAGAAGUUGGAUGCUUUCAAACAGGCUGACUGAUGCAGCAGGGGUUGGGGGUUAUGCUUCCUUGCUUACUUUUUUCUAGGAUCCGUUUUUAAUGAGUACUAUAUUAUUUAUUUCAUGAGCAUGUGUCACUCUUCAUCCAUUCUGCCGGCUUUUCCAUUAGCCCCCUUCUUCAGGAGGUCAACCAAUUUCAUAUUUCCGAUUUGAGAAAGCAAUAGCCAUCAGGGCGACUAGUUCUUGAGCAUGGUCUGGGAAUAUACAUUUGAUGCGUUCCUUCUUGUUUCUAGCUUAUGCCCUACAUUGGGCGGAAGCAACCCUGGCUUGCAGACAGAGGUCAUCCACUCUGUGGAGGAGAACAUCAGUCUCGUCUUGGGCCACUGGUGUGCGACCCAUCCUUCUGUGUAUGCAUCAGUCGCUGUAAGUUUGCACCGGCUUCAGUCCCCUUCUCUUCUCUUAUUUUCUCAUAUUUAUAAGCUAAUCAUCUUUUACACACCUGAUUCAUUCGUCUGUCCAUUCAUUGGGUGUCUCGUGGAUUGAUUUAUUUAUUUAUUUAUUGAGCAGCUUGGGAGGUCCAAAUUUAAUGGGCAUGUGGGGAGCUCUGGAGUGGUUCUAAGAGUAGAGAAGCCUCUCAGCAACUUUGGCCGCCCUUCGUUCUCGAUCCAGUUGAACAGUGGUGUUGAGUUCUGA